GUUGUUUUGUAAAAAAUAAAUUUAUACAGUGUGUUUUUACUUUUUCAAUAGAUUUUGUUAUAAGAGUUUAAUGACUUAACAAUGUUAUGGGAAGGGGUGAUCUUGAUUUUCAUCAUCAUCAUCAUCAUAGCAGUGAUAUGGUAUUUUGUCAAUACUGAAAUGUGCCACAAAUGGUUUAAAACAGGUAAUUGUUUUCUUUCAAAUUUUCUAAAAGCUGUUGUUUUUCAAAUAAAAAAUAUAAAUUCUUUAACCCGAGGAGAGUUUUGGAAAAAACAUUAUUAUAACUAAAUGAAGAUUUUUAAAUUGUUUUUUUAUUGAUGAAUAAUAAUAAUUUAGUUUUAAUUUAUUAAAUUUCCAAUUAAUUUUAUAAUUAUUUAAAAAAAAUUUGAUUUUUAAAAAUUAACUAACAACCAUAAGUGUUUUUAAUACAUUUUUUAUUUGAUUCUAAGCUCUUCAAAAAUUACAUUUGAAAUAAAAGUUACAAACACUGUAAAAUGUCAUUAAUUGUUGAUGGAGCAUAAAAUUAUGAUAUAUGGACGCUAAGCAGGGUUAGUGCCACCUUGAGUGUGCCAACUUUUAUGCUGCUACUUUCCCACAAAAAAACUAUGCUGUUGAGAAACAAUUUGAUAACUUUUUUGCAAGUGUAUAAGCUGCAGGUUUUCUUUAAUAAAGGAAUUUAAAAUUUUACAAAAUAAAUGGUUUAAUUAAAAUACCAGAACUAAAUUUUGUCUUUGUUGUCUGACCCUUUAAGUUGUGCAUUUUUGUUGGUUCACAUAGGUCACCUGUUUUACAGUACUUUAUGAACAUAAAAAAUAUAACUGCUAAAUGAUAACAAAACGUUAUACUUCAAUGUUUUUUUGCCAUUUACUUGGUUUUAUUUUUUUAAGCAACCGACGGUGUAAGAAAAAAGUAUUCUGAUAUGAGGAAAAAGGAAAACUCACUUCAUUUUCUUCACACCCAAAGAGCUGCCAGAAUAAAAACUUCUAUACUGGAAAAAAAUAGAGAGCUAUCAUUAUCUUUGGAGCUAGCCAGAAAGAGCUUAAUUCUCAAAGUACGUUAUAUUGAUUUGUCGGUUAAGAGUGACUGGUGUAUUAUAACUUGAUUUUUUUUCUUACCUUUUUAUGUACCAAAGUUAUUUUUAAUGUAGAACUACAAUUUCAAGGAUAAAUUUGUCAAAAAUAUCAAUUUUAAGCAUCACUUUAGAUUUUUAAUAUAACGAAAUUGAGUCCAUGCAUCAUGUUUCGGUAUUUUUCAUGACUCGAUUUUUGUCUGCCAUAUCAAUUUUAAGCAUCACUUUAGAUUUUUAAUAUAACGAAAUUGAGUCCGUGCAUCAUGUUUCGGUUUUGUUCAUGACUCGAUUUUUGUUUGGCAUAUUGCCAAUCCUGUCGAACAUCACUGAAGGCCAGUAUUACAAAUUGAUCAAAAAAAAGGCUCAACAUUUAUCUUCCAAUGAUGUUUAUUAUUAUAUUUCAAGUCAAGAAGUGAUACUACUCUGAUAAAAACAAGAAGACAUUACUAAUGAUUUUGGGCAUUUUUAGCCUGAUCAAAUGUUUGCUGCUAGGGGUAAGCUUUUUUUUUUCUUUGUUAUGAUGGGUCAAAACCCAUUCAAAUUUAGUAGAAAUAAUGGAAAAAAAUAUAUUUAAUUUGAUAUACAGUGGGCUUCAAAAAAUUGAAAAUAAGUGUUUAAGCUUACUUAUAUUAAUUUUUUGUUCCAGUUUAUCAAGUGUAUACUUUAUUUUUUUCAUGAUUCAUAGGCAUUGUUUACAUUGGGUAUGCUAAGAAGAGGCAAUUACUUUUUUGUCUCUAAUUUAUUCUGGAUUAAAAACAGUUUUUAAUUUUGAUUGUUUUUAUUUUUUAUUGAAUAAUACAUUUAGUUUUGCUAAUUUUUUAAAAGCUAUAAGAUCUAAGCCUAGAAAAUGUAAUGCUUAUAUUUUAUUACGGCUAAACUAGUUAACGAUGCCACGGAAACAUUUGUGUGUUUAUUAAAGUUGCAGUGAAUUAGGGUUCAGGUCAGGUUUAGGGAUACAUUUAGGAUUCAGGUUAGGUUUAGGGAUACAUUUAGGGUUCAGGUUAGGUUUAGGGAUAUAUUUAGGAUUCAGGUUAGGUUUAGGGAUACAUUUAGGGUUCAGGUUAGGUUUAGGGAUAUAUUUAGGAUUCAGGUUAGGUUUAGGGAUACAUUUAGGGUUCAGGUUAGGUUUAGGGAUAUAUUUAAGGUUCAGGUUAGGUUUAGGGAUACAUUUAAGGUUCAGGUUAGGUUUAGGGAUACAUUUAGGUUUCAAUUUAGGUUUAGGGAUACAUUUAGGGUUCAGGUUAGGUUUAGUGAUACAUUUAGGGUUCAGGUUAGGUUUAGUGAUACAUUUAUGGUUCAGGCUAGGUUUAAUGAUACAUUUACUUAGAUUUAGUGUCUUAUCAACCAAUAUGGCGGCCAUGUGGCAUCUUCUCUCAAAAUUUACCAUUAUUACAAUUUCACAGUAUUAGAUUGGGCAACUCAAUCAUCAUGGCAAUGCUAUUCCUGCCUUAAGACCUUAGCUACCCUAAACCUGUGUCCUAAAACAAGACAAGAUAAGUAGUACCUUGAACUUCAUCACUUUUCAACUGUAUCAAAAAAGGCUGGAGAUUCUUUGUAAAUGUACACAACAACUUCAGCUGUAAUGUAAUGGCAACUAAGCUGACUUGAUUUUAAAACUGGACAUUCCAGUCCAUGAACACAAUAUCUAACAUUCAUUGGACUUCUAAUAUACAAGCCUCAAUGAUGUGAAUUUUUACUGGAUGAAAGGAUUUUUUUUUUCACUGGGUUAUGAGGAUAUGGAAUUCUUAAAUUUUUAAAAUUUAGGCCAAUAUACAGGCCCAUGAUUACAUUUCUAAAAGAAAAACUGAGUAAAUGCUGAUAAGGAGGUAAAGGUCAUUUCUUCUGGACCUGAUGAAAAGCACAUACGUGCAAAUAUGGUGCCUGUAACAACCAUAUUAAGUAAUAGAGAGAAACAGGACAGGUUAGGUAAAACUCAUUUCAUAAAUGUAACUCAAUAUGGGUAUGGACCAGCAUAACAGUAAAAUGAAUUAUUGGCUCUGCUGUUAUAAAAUUUGUUAAUAAAAAAAUAUCAGCUUUGGAAUAAAUAAAAAUAAUGUGGAAACAAUGUGCUCAGUUGCAGGAAAAAAAACAAUGGCCAAGAGCUUCUUUUUUUCAUUUCAAUGAAUUUUCUAGUGUAAGACUUAUUUUCAUAUUUCUUUUAACACUUGCCUUGUUUUCUUCAAUUACCUUAUUUACAUAAAGGAAGAAAUUAAAAUAAUUCACAUUAUUUUAAAUUUAUGAAUGUAUUAUUAACGCUGGCAUAAUUAAUAUGAAUGUUUGUAAAUUGCUUGCAAUUUGUAUAUUUAUGAUGUAAAAUGGGAUACCAUUGAUGGGAAUAAUAAAGAUUUUAACUUUGGUCUCAAAAAUUUUUUUUUUUCUUCCACCUGUUUGUGGUAUGUUAAUUUUUUUUUAAUUUUGCACAUCAAAAGACCAAAUCUUUUGUCCUUAAAAAUCAAAAUCAUGCUUAACUGUGAUCUUAUAAUUGGUAUCAAAUAUUAGAUAGUAAUAAUAAUGAAUCCAAUGAUAUAUACAAUGUUAUUACUGCUCUGUUCUUCAUUGAACAACCAGCGAGAUUGUAAAGGUACCUAAUGAGCGAAAAAAACAAUGUCAGAAAAACCAAAGACCUCAGAAAAAGUGUUUUAAGUGAAGAAAAACAAACAGAAGAGGAUGAAAGGUGCAGGAAGAGCUAUUUAAAGAGUCAUUUAGUUAGUGAACUUAAAAACCAUAUAAAUAUGGUGUCGAGUAUGAGCAUUCAUUAGUAAUUGCUGCGACUCAAUAUUAUGCUCAUUAGUUGUUGAACGCUUUUCCCGCGCUUGACUAUUAUGGUUAGUGAACGCUCUUCCCGCCAUUGUCUCUAUGACGUAUUUUUAUGCUGAUUCGUGACGUAUUGUCUAUGCAGUAUUGUGACGUAUGUUUUAGUCCUGCGGCAGUCUUGAGUGGAACUUUGGAGUGAUAGGAUGUGUAUUAUUUAGGUCUGAUAGCAAGCUGCGCUAUAUUCACGUGUAUGUGUAUUAUAUUUACUUAGAUAUUAAAGUUAUAGUUAUUAUGAAAAUGAGUUGAGUUUGUUCAAUGAUAGUAGGAAUAGUACGACGCUUCAACGUAUGAAAAGAACUGACGAAUGUAAUCAAUCCAAGAAGGCUGUAUAGGAGUUGACAUAUGGCAUGUAAUGGACAAAAGGAUGAGUUUGGCAAAACCAAUAAUUUUGACAUCCCUGUUAAGGAUAGUUUACCUUAAUGAUGGAUUAUAACCUUGAUCAUGGAUCUGUAAUAUGGUUAUAGCUUGUUUGAGAUUCAUUCACAACUAAACAUAAAGAUUAGUACAUCGUCAUAUUUAGGCCUACAUUUAUUGGAAAGCAUUGUCCAUUACUUAAUGAUUAGUUGUGUAAUGGACAAUUCACUCACUACUGAAGAUGACUCUUCAUCAUUAUACACUACUAAGUAGUAUGAUAGACAAAAAUGUAAGUUGUCCUUCCACAUAUUUAAUCUACACGGUUCUUUUAAGUCUUGGUCUGUCUUUACACCCAUCUGUAAGUCUUAGUCUGUCUAUCAAGUAUCAUCAUCUUUGUUGUAGGCUCUUAGAGUUGCACAUUAAUUUAGUUUUAAUAUAACCUUAGGGAUGUUCUCAUUCUAUUUUAUAUUCAGCUGUCUUUUAUAGUUAAGUUAAAUUGGUUCUUCAAGCCAUAAUAACAUUCCAUUUGAAAAAAAUACAUUAGUUACUUUGUCAUUUUAGACUAUAAUUCUCUCUUUAUCCUGAUUAGCUUGUUGUAUAUAAACUUUAACUAUAUAUUAUCCUCUUGAUUUUAAGAAAUCCUUGUCAGUGUUCUUAUUUAGUAGUAAACUUCAGUUAUCUGGAUUUAAAAUUGAUACUUUCUUCUAUUGACAUAUGCAUUUAUAAAGUAAAGUGACAACUCAAAAUGGAAGAAAGACAAUAAAAUUAAUUAGCUAGCAGUUCAAACUUCACAACAACCUAAUUAAUUCAUCAGGGAAAGUUUUACCUUUACUUCAUUCAACCCAGAUAUAGCUUUUAAAUAGGCAUAGGCCUAAAACUUUAUUUGGUUAAAAAAGCAUAUUAUUUCUUUUUGUUAAUUUUUUUCUAGUCUAAAUUUCCUAACUGUUUGGCAAAGCAAAUAGCAAGGGGGUCUCAGAUGGAUAAACCUAUGAGCAACAAGCUGAAAGAUGCUGGUCAGAAGGAAAAUGAUUAUAUCACAGUGAUGAAAGCGCAAAGCGUUAAAG